AUGGAUGCUUAUCAUAUGUUGUUGGGUAGACCUUGGCAGUAUGAUGUGGAUGCUCAGCAUUCUGGGGAAAAUAAUGUGCAUAGGCUUGAGAAGGGAGGAGUAAAAUACACAUUGCUACCACUUUGUCCUAAAACUUCUGAAGUGGAGGGUCAAACCUUCCUUACCAUUGCCCAUUCCGGGCAAGAGAUUGAGGAUGCAAUCAGGGAAUCCAAGGUGGUGAAUGAAGCAAUUGUGAAACAUGUUUUGUUGAAUGGAACACAGCAAGGAAUAGUUGAGUAUUCAAAACCGAUUAAAUCAUUGUCGGAAGAGUUUGGAGAAGUGAUGUCAAAUAACCUACCAUAUGGGAUCCCGCCAAUGAGAGAUAUUCAACAUCACAUUGAUCCGAUUCCUAUCGUUAGUUUGCCAAAUCUACCCUACUACCGAAUGAGUUCAAAAGAGAGAGAUUUUGAAGGAAAUGUUGGAAGAGCUAUUGAGAAAAGGGCCAGAUUCAAGAGAGCAUGA